GGUGAAAGGAAUGGCCCAGAGAAUUCCCGAGCCCUGUGCGGGUGAAACUCGAUCCGUCCACUUCCUAUCGUCCAGCGGGGCCGGGGAGCUGGGCCCCUGCAGCGUCACCCUGUAAACCGGAAAGCUGGCGGGCACAAUGGGAAAAAAGCAGAACAAGAAGAAAGUGGAGGAGGUCCUAGAAGAGGAGGAAGAGGAGUACGUGGUGGAGAAAGUCCUUGACCGGCGAGUAGUGAAAGGCAAAGUGGAAUACCUCCUGAAGUGGAAGGGCUUCUCGGACGAGGACAACACGUGGGAACCGGAAGAAAACCUGGAUUGCCCUGACCUCAUUGCCGAGUUCUUACAGUCCCAGAAGACGGCCCACGAGACGGAGAAAACGGAGGGUGGCAAGCGGAAAGCCGACUCCGACUCUGAAGAUAAAGGGGAGGAGAGUAAACCAAAGAAGAAGAAAGAGGAGUCUGAAAAGCCCCGAGGCUUUGCCCGCGGUUUGGACCCGGAGCGGAUUAUCGGCGCCACGGACUCGAGCGGGGAGCUCAUGUUCCUGAUGAAAUGGAAAAACUCGGACGAGGCCGACCUCGUCCCCGCCAAGGAAGCCAACGUCAAGUGCCCGCAGGUGGUCAUCUCCUUCUACGAGGAGAGGCUGACGUGGCACUCCUACCCUUCCGAGGACGACGACAAGAAAGAGGACAAAAACUAGCGCCGCGUCCCGGGCCCCCCGGGUCGCUUGGCUGACUGUGGGGU